UAACCACACCGUUUGCCAGCAGUGUACCAGCGACGUGUAAUACGGCCAGUAAGUUGUUAUACCCAACCCAUUAUUAUUGUUGUUGUAGCUGUUAUCAUCGCCAUCGUUGUUAAUGUUGUUUAAAAAUUAUUAUUUAGUUAAAAUAUUAUAAUAUUGUACGUCCGCGUGUACCGCCGUAAAAUUGUGGCGAAUUAUUUAUUUAAUAUAAUUCCCCGGGAACUAUGUACUUGUCGGCGAGAAAAAUGUAACAACCCGUCACCCGUACACCGAUCAAAGACGACCGCGGGAGAUUAACAGCUGAUUUUCGAAUUUAAACUUCGAGCACCACAUACCUGAUAGAGUGGACAAUUCCACAGAAGACGUCGAGCCGUUCUACUGCAGCUGUUCUGUUGCCACCACUCACGCGUGUGCCUGCUUUAUCGUAUAUUCGUAUGAUUAAUUAUAAUCAACGUACCGGAGGUUGACAUGGCUAAUGUGGAUGCUAAAAAAAUAUACGGAUGGACGUGGAGCAAAUCGGACAGCUGAAUGACACCGACUGCAGUUUUGUGUGUGAGGCUGGCGAAGAAGCGUCGGGAAACACCAUGUGGUUUGGCGUAAAAUGGCUGAUCCAAAUAAGAGUAAAGCGCUGUAUUCGUCUGGGGUGGCAUUCCUAGGGUUCGCGUGUUUUGCACUAGCCGCCACUGCUAUUGGGUUGCCAUUAUGGGGUUACUACGAAAAUCCUCAAGCCGAAAUCGGGACUUCAGGAAUCGAUCGGGGUUAUUUUGGACCAUGGCAAAUGUGCAAACAAUCGUACUACGGACGAACGAAAUGUGGAGACUCAAUAUCCAGGUUUCAUCCUGUGGAAACGGUGAAGGUAGCCGGAUAUUUUGCCAUAGCAGGCACACUGAGCCUGGCCGUGUUUUGCAUCCUGAGCAUAGUGCAAUUGGCCAUGGUGGUGUCAAAGGAAAAAGUCGUGUUCGCCUAUAGCAAGACCGUAGUUACCAAAUUAGUGUUUGCAUUCGCAGCAACUCUGCUGGCAAUCAUCGCAGCCGGGUUAUUCGCUCUUCAAACCGACGACAAAGACAACAGCUACCAAGUGACCCGAGGGGAAUCGUUUUAUAUGCAGAUUGGCUUAAUUAUAUUGAACUUUUUACUAUUCGUGGCUGCAAUAUAUGAUUUAAUAUUUUCCCGUCGCUUGGGAGGUGAUCCGACCAUCAGUAACCGUGAUCCAUCUGGUGUCGAAGCUACCACAUUCAAUAAUCCUGCCUUUAAGGAGAAGAGGUCAAUGAAUCCAAGAGGAGGAGGUGGAGUCGGGGUCGGCGGCAGUGGUAAAGUCUCGGUGACAGACGCCAGCGGAAAGCCGUACUUGAGCGGCACGACCAAUGGCAGUACGAUGUCAAUGACCACUACACUCAGCUCAAAUGGUUCGUCGAUAACACCAGUGAUCCGCAGCCCGUUGCGGUCCAGCCUGAAGAAGCCACGGUCGGCUAAUGGAAAUGGGACCGGAGGAGGCGUUGGCGGUCUAGGUAUACAGAAUCCCGGUUUCAGCGGCACAUCGCCAACCCUAUCCCGGAAUGGGAGCGUGAAAAAAGUCCGGAUACAGACUCAGAGUACGGCCGUGUAAAGCUGCGAGAAAGCGAUGCGCAUCGACUUGACGGAAUAAAAUAAUAAUACAUAUACUAUAAAAACAAAGGAAAAAUAUAUUCUGGUGAACAUUCCGUGUUAAAUUUCGUAUACUUAUUACUUACAACGAUUCACGUUAUCGCUACCAUACAGAGGACUCGCGGGAUGAUUUUGACUUCCGCGGGACGUACUUGCAUCAUACCGAUUACUGUAUAAUUAUAUAGUAUAGGUAGUUGUACACGUCUUGUGAUUUAAUUGUACGUAUAGUAAAAUACGUAGGUAUUAAUCACAAUAGUAUCAUAACGACAAAACAAUAUUCUUAACAGCUGUAUUGCAGUGACAUGUGCCUAUCAAUAUUAUUUAAGACAUUGUUUAUGUGGGUAAAAUAUAAUAACAUUAUAUCAUAACAAACGUCUAGCUGACGUACGCGCGCACACACUAUUAUUAUUUUAAUUGUUAAUAUAGGUACGUCAUAUUUUACGCGCACCCGUUUCAUCAUCAUUAUUAUUAUUGUUAUUAUUAUUAUUAUUAUUAUUAUUAUUUUAUUUUUUUAUUUUUAUUUUUCAUUUCGUUGGUCGUAUUUAGUUGUUAUUUAAUCAAAAUUUUUAAUUAUUUUUACGCAUAUAAUAUAUAUAUAUGAAAUUGUGCCAAUUUUGGUCCAACGAACGUGUACUAUAGGGCUAUAGCAUAUAAUAUUCAAAUAUAUAAUACUGAACUAUUUGUAACUUUUUUUUCACUUAUCCCUCCAGAACAGCGGCAUGUUAUUGAAAUCAUCGGCAAAGCUUAGUACAAUAUGUUUAUUUUACAUUUUCAUUUGUACAAUAUACUCUCAUGACCUAGCUAUAUCGUAAUAAAAUCGUUUUCAACAGCGAAAUCACAACAUUUUAUGUGCUUAUUUUCAUUGUUAAACAAUUAUUUUAAAACUCAAAUAUUAUAUAAAUAUAUAUUUUGUUUGAUUGAAAAUUCGAGUUUAUCGUAUGAUGCGUUUAAUUCAGAAAUUUAAAACAUAAUAUUUUAGGAUAUUGUUCGUUGAUGUAUUAUCUUAUAUAAUCGUUAAAUUCAUUAUAUUUAGUGUGCCAUCCAGAAAACUCGUUAAAAAAACUUGUUUAUAUUCGGAAUUUUUUUAUUUCGUGAAUGUACACAAAACAAAUUGCACAUAAUACAUAAAAGUAUAAUACGUAUUUCGUUAUUCCCUAUGUAUAAAUAUUGUAUAAUAGUAACAAUAAUAAUAAUAACAUAAUAAUGUAAUAUAUUAUUCAUUGUUUCUUUUAUUAAGUAUACAAAAUCAAAUGCAUCCAAUAAGUGAUGGUUUUAUUGUAUGUAUUUCAGUUCAUUUCGCGAUUCAGUUAUCAGAUCUAAAUCGAUAAAAAUUCAUCAUAAUUUAAAUAAAAAUUAAGAUCUCGCGUAGUGAAGUAUUUUUUUUAUUAUUUUUAUUUUUUUUAGCAUUGUGUACAAUCAAAA